AACACGCUUGUCAGUUCAUAGUGCAAAGACACGCCAAAGAAAGCAUCAUAUAUUCAAUAGAUCUACCAACAGAUGGUUUAGUUUGUCUCGUGUUGAGUGUAAGGUCAAGACCAAGGAACUCCAUCGACGUCCAUACUUGUUAAAAGAUGAGGAGGAAAAUUUUUGUGUUGGCUGUUCUGCUUGUGGCGGAGUUUUGUGCAGCAGAUAGAGGGAGGAAAAAGGAAAAAACUUCCGAGAAGUCCUCUGUCAAAACAGAUUCAGAGAAAGAAGAUGAUGGAAUAAAGAAAGCGUAUCCAUUGCUGCAUAAGGAAGUGGUUGUGGUUGGCGCUGGUAUAGCAGGGUUGGCAGCUGCUCGAAGGAUUUCCAAGGACCGAUCCAACUUCACUGUGACUGUUUAUGAAGCACAGAAGAAUAGAUACGGAGGCAGAGUUUGGACUGAUAAAUUGACCAACAUGAAAGCGAAAGGUGUUGAAGUGGAUCUUGGGUCAUCGGCUUUCAAUGUAAUUUCGAAAAACAAUCCAUUGCUUGAACUGGCUGAGGACUUUGAACUGAAGACUUCUUCUAUUGAGGGUCUACAGUUUAUCAUUCCGUGGGAGGGAAAGGUGUACAGUGGCUCAGACAUUCAGGACAUCACCAAGGAGGCUGGACAGAUCCUCAACCAGGCUCUGAAUGAAUCAAAGUCCUGGAAGUUUGAGCCCUCUGUGAGAGAAGCAGUGGACAAAGUUUUGCAUGAUGACUUCUCAUCAGAAAGUACGGGCUCUCACCUAGUGAAGUGUUUACCUUCCUAUGUCAUCAAGGAUUACUCAACCCGUCACUACAGACCUGAGCUCUUGGAUAUGGGAUAUGAAAAAGUUUUGCUGGAUGGCACUGGAGAACUGCUGGACAGGUUAGUGAGCGGCUCCUCUGAGGAACCUCCUUUGCACUUACAGCUGAACAAAGCUGUGAGACAGAUCAAGUUUGACAACAGUAAGGGCAAGGUCAUCAUCAGGUUUCGUGAUGGCUCACAGAGACAAACAGAUGUGGUGGUAGUUGCCGUUCCCUUGAGCAUAAUCGCGUCUCAGGACAUUAUGUUCGAACCCGAUCUCCCCAAGAACUAUCAAGUUGCUGUGAGUGAAAUGGGAGUACUCACAAGCAACAAAUUGAUCCUUGAAUUUGAAUCUGCCUUUUGGCCGUCCGACUUUGGAGUUUUCCUGAGGGCUGUACAGGAAGACCAGGACAGGGGUUACAUGCAAUCUUGGAUCAACAUCCAUCGCCUUGUUGGACUUCCAGUUCUCACCACGUUCGUCAUGGGAGACUCAGCAAUUGGCUUUGAGAAGAUGACAGAUGAUGACAUCAAACAGUCAGCUCUGGAUGUUCUAAUUGAGAUGUUUGGCAAAGACACAGUUAGCAAAGGCGGUGAUGUGGUUAGACUACAGAGAUCCCAGUGGGUAACAGAGGAAUUUUCCAAAGGGUCGCACACAUACUCAAAAGUCGGGACAACUCCCGAGUUGUGGGAGACAUUGUCAGAACCUCUGUGCCCCGGCGUGUAUUUUGUGGGUGAACAUACUUCUUUGGGAGAACAUGGUACCCUCCAUGGAGCAUACAACUCAGGGAUCAGAGCUGGUGACCAGAUCCUGAGCCGUUACUGUGAGAAGAAAAUGGAAGAAGAAGAAAGGCGUAGAGAGGAAGCUCGGCGAAAGGAAGCGGAAAGAAAGAAAAAAGAAAAUGGGGGUGGGGCUAAUGCCUCUGAAGAGAGGGCAACAAAAGAAGUUAGUCUUGAGGAUGAUGAUGAUGUGGUCACUGAGGAGGAAAGUGAUGAGAGAAAAGAUGAGUUAUAGAACUGGCUAUGAGCAGAGUGAGUGGUUGUGAAAGGGUGUUGUAUGAGGUACUUCUUUUACAAAGACACAUUCCACCAGAGCUGUAACAUACUAUAACUUGCCUUUUUUUGUCUUUGAAUUUCAAAUCCUUAUUUGUUCGUGUCAGCAUAAAGCCAAUCACAAAUUGAGGUUGCAUAUCAUGAUUUUGAAGAACAAAAGCAUGCUUGUUGCAUUGGUCAUGGACAGAUAUUUGAUUUGAUUAUGAUUGUUUUCCUAAUUUCUACCAUGCCAUACGUCUGAAUAUAAUAUUAUAUAAACUGGACAUAUAUUUGUCUUGCGUUGCCAUAUCAUGUGCAGGAUGUUUUGUUGCUGCUCAAACUUCAGUUAAUUGAUUUUGAACAUUGAUUUAGGAAAAUGUGAGGUCAGAUCUGAACAAAUUUUUGCUUUCAUUAUGUGGUUGUGAGUGCCUAAGUGAAUUGAAUUUGCCAGUAGUUCCAUCUGUGUAUCUUGUACAAAUAGUUUUAUUUGUAUGCUUAAGUAUGUCUGGUGACUGACCGUUGUGGGGGUGAAAGAUGAGCAGCAGUGACUAUCUUGAUUGACCCAAAAACAAGACAUUCUUCCUGGUUGAAGACAGCAGUAAUGAAGCAUGGUGAACUUGAAGCUA